AUGUAUCGACGACGACAACGUCCGGCAAAACGCCAAAAGACGAUUAUUGACAAUGUUCAUGAUCAGGAAGAUGAUACGACUGCUGUAGGAGUAGUACAAUUUGCAUACGAAGGAAAGCCCAAGAAAACCAUCCCGGCGGGUAUCUCUCAUGUCACCACGAGCGAAGCGGUGGAAAAAAUAAUUACCGAAUGCUUUCGAAAUUGCCAAACGCUCCGUCACCUUUCGAUUGGGCGGAGCGUGAGAGCCAUAGACAUGGGAGCCUUUAAAGGGUGCGCCAACUUGACCAAGGUGGAAUUUCAGGAAGGACUAAGGUGCAUUCGUGGUCAGGCGUUCCGAAAGUGUACUUCCCUGUUGGAAGUGGAUCUUCCAAAAACAGUCACGUCCAUUGGUAUGGAUGCGUUCGAAGGAUGUUUCUCGCUGAAGAGUGCUCGGUGUCAUGAACAAGGAUCGUUGGAUACCAUCGGCGACUGUGCCUUUAUGAACUGCUCUUCGCUAGCUGAUGUGACUCUUCCACAGAAAAUGGAUUACAUUGGUGCCGAAGUGUUCAAAAAUUGUACAUCCCUAACUGCUGUUGCUGUUCCAAAAUACGACUAUAUUCGACCCGGCACCUUCAGGGGGUGCACUAGCCUCUUCGGCGUCGAGAUUCAACAGAUUGACGAAUUGCGAAUUGAAGGAUCGAUUUUCAAGGGCUGCACAAAUUUGAUCAACGUUUGGGUCCCAAAUUGGAAACAGGGAUGGGAUUCCUUUGUUGGCUGUGAAAAGAUGCUAAUUAAUGGCAAGAAUCGGAACGAGCGAUAUGAGAACCUCGUCCGGCGUAUUCGAGAUCGAUACACCUACCUUCCGGUCCACAAGGUAUGCUACUACUCCUCGCGAGCGACCGUGGAGGAACUAAUGGAAGUACUUGGCACUGACGAGAAUGCCUCAAAUGCGGAAUAUCUUCAAGACUGUUUUGGCUUGACGCCAUUUCACGUUAUCGCUACAGCAGCAAAUCCGAGAAUUGACCUCUUCCAAUGCCUUGUUGAUCAUUAUCCUAUCGAGGUUCUGGAACGAAAAGACACACAUGGGCAAAUGAUGAUGCAGUAUCUGCUGAAACAUACGUCCAGCCAUGCCAUGCCGUUUGUGAAAAUGGUACUCCAGAAACUAGUGAUGGAUAAAUUGAAUAUGCGGCAUCUUGGGCAAUCCAAGGAAGCCGAGCUGCUUCGUCGAUUCGAGUCGAUACAGAGCGAUGAUGACUUUGAGACUAAAUGCCAACGUUUCGACAGUUUCAAGAAGUAUGCGAGAUACUGCGUGAUGAUUGAAGCGACAUCACUUAUAGAGCUAGCACUUUGGAAGAUUCAGAUGAGCCUGAUGCGGAAAGAAGAUUUGGAAACUGAUUACACUAUCCGAAAGGACUGUCGGUGUCAAUGUGGUGCAGAUGUCGUGAUUGGCAAUGUGUUUGGGUAUUUGUGCAAAUCGAGGUCUGAUCUGUUUUCGCAUGGGAAUGACGAACGCUAUUCAAUAACGGCAGUAUGUUGA